AUGGCUUCCGCAACAACCUUCUUCGACUUUACACCCAAGGAUAAGCGCGGGCAAGACUAUCCUCUAUCGCAGCACAAGGGCAAAGUCAUCCUCGCAGUCAACACCGCCUCCAAGUGCGGGUUCACCCCUCAAUUCGCCGGGCUCGAAGAGUUGAACAAGAAGAUAUCUGAGAAAUAUCCCGAUCAAUUCGUCAUCAUUGGAUUUCCCUGCAAUCAGUUUGGUGGGCAGGAUCCUGGCUCGAAUGACCAGAUACAAGAGUUUUGCCAGGUGAACUAUGGCGUGACUUUCCCAGUCUUGGGAAAGACCGAUGUGAAUGGAAGCAAGGCUGAACCGGUGUUUGAAUGGCUGAAGUCGGAAAAGCCGGGCCUGUUGGGCUUGAAGAGGAUAAAGUGGAAUUUUGAGAAGUUCUUGAUCGGUCGCGAUGGUCAGGUUAUCCAACGAUAUUCGAGUGUGGCCAAGCCGGAGGGCAUUGAGAAGGAUAUCAUCCACGAGAUUGAGAAGUCGAAGUCAGGUUAG